UCUGCCAUUUCCAGUCUGGAUCCUGACAUCAUGAGGACUCUUUUGAUUUUGUUUAUUUUAAUUAAUUUGGACCAAGGAUACUGCACAGAAACACGCGACCAAGUUCUAUCAAUCACCCCAAAAACACAGGAACAAGUGGACAUCGUGAGGAAUGUGUCCACCCAAUAUAUGACAACCUUAUGGCAGCCUGUUUCACAUCAGUACAUCAAAGAAGAGAUGCAAGUCCACCUGUUUGUUCCUGUAAAUAGCUCAGAGGCUGUCAAGGAUCUGCUACAGAAACACGCCAUAACCCACGAGGUUUUACUGGCCAACGCCAAUGAGUUGAUCGAAAUGCAGACAAAAAAAGACUCCACACACCCACGAAGCAGCUCAACUUUCUACGAUAAUUAUCACAGUCUGGAGGAUAUCUAUGAUUGGAUAAACAUGACCUCACAGGAAAACCCCACCAUGAUCAGAGCCAUUCUCAUUGGCUCCUCAUAUGAAAAGCAACCACUGUACAUUCUAAAGUUGUCUGUGAAUAAUAGACCAAAUAAGAAAGCAAUAUGGAUUGACUGUGGGAUCCAUGCCAGAGAGUGGAUUUCUCCUGCUUUCUGCUUAUGGUUUGUACACUAUUCUUUGUCAUUUUACAAGCACAACCAAGACAUUACUAACAUACUGGAUAACAUGGAUGUCUACGUCCUGCCUGUUAUGAACCCUGAUGGAUACCAGUACACGUGGACAACAAACAGGAUGUGGAGGAAGAACCGCUCUGUCAGCAGGAGCAGCACUUGCGUUGGAGUCGACCUCAACAGAAACUUUGAUGCCAACUGGUGCACGGAGGGAGCCUCUCAUGAGCCCUGCACUGAGAUCUACUGCGGUGCGUUCCCCGAGUCCGAGCCAGAGUCGCAGGCCGUUGCCAACUUCCUGCGUAGUCACAAGGACACGGUUCAGCUCUACCUCAGCAUCCACUCCUACUCUCAGAUGCUGCUCUUCCCAUACUCCUGCACCUUGGAUGAAGCAGAGAACCACAAAGACCUGCUUGAGAUGGCCCAAGAAGCUGCCCAGAAAAUCAGAAGAUAUUAUAGGAACAACUAUAAAUAUGGUGCUGGAGCAAGGACAAUAUACCUGGCCCCCGGUGGUUCUGACGACUGGGCCUACAACCUCGGCAUCAAAUACUCCUUCACAUUUGAGCUCCAGGACCGUGGGAAUUAUGGCUUCCUUCUGCCGCCAUCUCACAUUUCCAAGGCCUGCAAUGAGGCUCUGACUGCUGUGAAGACCAUUGCUCUCAAGGUUAUAGAGAAAACGCAGGCACCAACAGAUUCUCCUCAAACUGCCUAAGCAGUUACGCCUGCCAUAAGGGUUGAAGUUCAAUAUGUUUUGCCAUUUUUGUGAAUGAAACCUAGAGUUUUUGUAAUAUUGCUAAAAGAUCAGCUAGCCUGUAAGAGCUGAAGUCACAGUACAAUGGGUUAGGAAUAUUCAGAUUGACAUUCAUGGUAUUUUUUUUGCAAUAAGGAGAUAUGUUUUGUAAAGUGAUUUCUCUAAUACUGUAUAUAUUAUGGGUGUCUAUUUUGCAGAGAUUCUUUUGACUGUUUGCAUAUACCUUAAACAUACACGUAUAAAUUGUGUAGAAAAUGGCUGCAUUUUAUUGAUCAAGAAAAAUUUGUGGC